AUGUCGGGUUUUGACCAGGGAGCGGUUUAUUUCUCUGACUCUCUGUUUCAACAGACGAGAGAUCAGGAUAACUUGGCAAAUGUCCAGUUUGCUAAGCGAAAGUUCAAAGAUUUUAUUCGUCAGUUCAACGAUGGUGGUUUCGCUUUCAAAUAUAGGGACCAAAUUAAGAAAAACUAUAGUUUGAAGAAGUUCUACAUCAAGGUUAAGCUGAGGGAUCUCAACAACUAUGACUCUUCGCUUACGCAAGAGUUAACUCAUCGCCCUAGUGAUUACUUACCGGCCUUCGAAGAAGCUGUAACAGAGGUAGCAGCUGAACUCGUUCGUUCGAGUGAUCAAGAAGCUCAUGUUGAACCUGCACAGGUGUUGUUCGAAUGGGAUACGAAUGCUGUCAGUCUCAGGGAUGUACAUUCGGAAGAGGUUUCUAGAUUAGUCAAGAUAUCAGGUAUUGCCAUAAGCUCGUCGAGUAUUCGAGCAAAAGCCGUUCGCCUUAGCUUGCAAUGCCGAGGUUGCCGCCAAUUCUUGCCAAAUCUACCUGUCAAACCAGGAUUGGAAGGCUUCUCAUUACCUCGCAAGUGUCCAAGCACUCAAACUGGUGGACCUCAUGGUGCUAGAUGUCCGAUUGAUCCUUUCUUUGUAGUUCCUGACAAAUGCCAAUGCGUCGACUAUCAGACAGUCAAACUCCAAGAAACCCCUGAAACCGUUCCUCAUGGAGAAAUGCCCCGACAUGUUCUGCUCUACUGUGACCGGUACCUUUGUGAACAAGUGGUUCCCGGGAAUCGUGUAACCGUCGUCGGUGUGUACUGUAUUCGUGUAACUGUCUCUAACAAGCGGCCAGGUGCGAACGAGCGUUCAAAUGCCGGUGUGCGUCAACCAUAUAUACGUGUCUUGGGGCUGACUAUUGAUACAGAAGGGGUCAGGGCAGCUGCAAGUUUAACGGAAAAUCAAGAAGAGGAAUUGAUUUCAUUGGCUAACUCACCAGACAUUUAUGAAAGACUGGCUCGAAGUAUAGCCCCAUCUAUCUAUGGUAGUGGUGAUAUAAAAAAGGCUAUCGCAUGUCUUUUGUUUGGAGGGUCACGUAAGCGCCUUCCAGAUGGACUUAUGCGUCGUGGUGAUAUAAACAUGCUGAUGCUAGGUGAUCCUGGAACGGCAAAAUCUCAGCUUCUAAAGUUUGUGGAACGAUGUUCACCUGUUGGCAUAUAUACAUCCGGUAAAGGUAGUUCAGCAGCUGGUUUGACGGCUUCAGUUACUCGGGAUCCCAAUACUCGUAACUUCAUAAUGGAAGGUGGAGCUAUGGUACUUGCCGAUGGUGGUGUUGUUUGUAUCGAUGAAUUUGAUAAGAUGCGUGAAGAUGAUCGUGUUGCGAUUCAUGAAGCCAUGGAACAGCAAACUAUCUCAAUAGCUAAAGCUGGGAUUACAACAACACUAAACAGCCGUUGUUCAGUACUGGCCGCUGCAAAUAGUGUUUAUGGUCGUUGGGAUAAUACAAAAGGAGAAGAUAAUAUUGAUUUUAUGCCAACAAUCUUGUCACGUUUCGAUAUGAUUUUCGUGAUCCGUGAUGAGCAUGAUGUUCAACGUGAUACCACCCUCGCGAAACAUGUGAUGCAAGUUCAUUUACACGGAAAUGAUCCUAUUGGAACGAAUACAAUGGAUACUGGAUCAUCAGAUGAAAUUCCACUUGGUACUCUUCGACGUUUUAUUGCCUAUGCACGUGAACGUUGCGGUCCUCGUUUGUCUGAACAGGCUGCUGAAAAAUUAUCAAACCAGUAUGUUCUCAUGAGAUCUGGUUCUACACGGUACGAACAGGAGACGGGUAAACGUUGUGCUAUUCCUAUAACAGUACGGCAGCUUGAAGCAAUUAUACGGAUAUCUGAAUCUUUAGCUAAAAUGCGUUUGUCUGCAUUUGCCACUGAAACGGAUGUUGAAGAAGCAAUACGUCUGUUUCAUGUGUCAACAUUGGAAGCAGCUAUGUCUGGAAGCCUAGAAGGUGCUGAAGGUUUUACUACACAAGAAGAGCACGAUCUUAUCCUACGAGUAGAAAAACAAUUGAAAAAACGAUUUGUUAUCGGGAGUCAAGUGUCAGAAUAUGCAAUUGUGCAAGAUUUUGCCCGACAAGGUUUUCCAGAACGCGCUGUGACCAAAGUCUUGCACUAUAUGAUUCGUCGUGGUGAAGUACAAUAUAGGAUGCAACGGCGUAUCUUAUAUCGAAUUAAAUAG